AUGGGGCAGACGCAUGCUUCUGCCACUGUACGAUUUGAGGGGAGAAGACAGAGGAAACGUAGCAGACUGCUUUCCGUCUAUGUCCGUUUGAAAUCGCUUGAAAAAAUCAACGUCGUUGUUGCUUUCCGUUUGAUCACUGUUAUCGUCUGGAAAGUUGCUCUGUUUUGGUUUCUAUCUGCUGAUGAAGAGUGGGAUGACUUGAGAAAUCUUUUUGUACAAGGAGAUGUAGGAAGUAAGAUCAUUGUGACGACACGUAAGGAGAAUGUUGCCUUGAUGAUGGGUUGUGGCGCAAUCAACGUAGGGACUCUGUCUAGUGAAGUUUCUUGGGAUCUAUUCAAGCGGCAUUCAUUUGAAAAUAGGGAUCCUGAGGAACAUCCAGAACUUGAAGAGGUUGGAAUACAAAUUGCACACAAGUGCAAAGGAUUGCCUUUAGCUCUAAAGGCACUUGCUGCGUUGAUGUUGAGCUACAAUGAUCUUUGUCCACAAUUGAAGCGGUGUUUUGCUUUUUGUGCAAUAUAUCCGAAAGAUUAUCUAUUUUGCAAAGAACAAGUUAUUCACCUGUGGAUUGCUAAUGGUCUUGUACAACAGUUGCAUUCAGCUAACCAUUACUUUCUCGAGUUGAGAUCGAGAUCAUUGUUUGAAAAGGUCCGAGAGUCUUCUGAAUGGAAUCCGGGGGAAUUCUUAAUGCAUGACCUUGUCAAUGAUUUGGCCCAAAUUGCAUCUUCAAAUCUGUGUAUCAGGUUGGAAGAGAACCAAGGAUCUCAUAUGUUGGAACAAAGUCGGCACAUGUCCUAUUCAAUGGAAGAAGGUGACUUCGAAAAGUUGAAACCCUUGUACAAAUUGGAGCAGCUGAGGACAUUGCUUACCAUCAAUAUCCAGCAGCAUUCAUACUGUUUAAGCAAGAGGGUUCUGCAUGACAUAUUGCCAACACUAACAUCUUUGAGGGCAUUAUCAUUGUCUCAUUAUAAGAUUGAGGAGUUGCCAAAUGACUUGUUUAUUAAAUUAAAGCACCUAAGGUUUUUGGACCUUUCUUGGACAAAGAUAAAAAAGUUGCCAGAUUCAAUUUGUCUACUGUACAACUUAGAGACACUUCUCUUGUCAAAUUGUAGUUAUCUUGAGGAGCUACCUCUGCAUAUGGAAAAAUUGAUCAACUUGUGUCACCUUGACAUUAGCGAAGCUUAUUUGACGACACCCCUACAUCUAAGCAAGUUGAAAAGUCUCCAUGUGCUAGUGGGAGCCAAUUUUAUUCUAAGUGGUCGUAGUGGUUCGAGAAUGGAAGAUUUGGGUGAACUGCAUAACUUGUAUGGAUCUCUAUCAAUUCUAGAGUUGCAAAAUGUGGUUGAUAGAAGGGAAUCUCUGAAGGCAAACAUGAGGGAAAAGAAACAUGUUGAAAGGUUAUCUUUGCAGUGGAGUGGAAGUAAUGCUGACAAUUCACAAACUGAAAGAGAGAUACUUGAUGAGCUACAACCAAAUACUAACAUAAAAGAACUCCGAAUCACUGGCUAUAGAGGGACAAAAUUUCCAAAUUGGCUAGCUGAUCAUUCAUUUCAUAAGCUAAUAGAAUUGUCUCUUAGCGACUGCAAGGACUGUGAUUCCUUGCCAGCACUAGGACAGCUUCCUUGUUUAAAAUUCCUUACCAUUAGAGGGAUGCAUCAAAUAACAGAGGUGACUGAAGAUUUCUAUGGUAGUUUGUCCUCCACAAAGCCAUUUAAGUCCCUUGAGGAGCUUGAAUUCGCAGGGAUGCCGGAGUGGAAGCAGUGGCAUGUACUGGGGAAGGGAGAGUUCCCUGUACUUGAGGAACUUCGGCUUACUGGUUGCCCAAAGUUGAUAGGGAAGUUGCCUGAAAAUCUUUCUUCUCUGACUAGAUUGAGAAUAUCAAAAUGCCCUGAACUCAGUUUGGAGACACCCAUUCAACUUGAAGGAAUGAAACAGAUUGUUGAAUUACGUAUUAGUGAUUGUAAAUCUGUUACCUCCUUAACUAUUAGCAUUCUGCCGAGUACCUUGAAGAGAAUAAUAAUAUCUUUUUGUGGGGAGCUGAAAAUGGAGGGGUCGAUGAAUGCUAUGUUUCUCAAGGAAUUGUCUCUAGAAGAAUGUGAUUCACCUGAGUUGGUCCCAAGAGCACGCAAUUUGAGUGUAAGAAGUUGCAACAACCUUACUAGGCUUUUGAUUCCUACUGGCACUGAAACACUCAGUGUUAGAGAUUGUGAUAAUCUUGAAAUACUUUCAGUGGCAUGUAGGACUCAGAUGACAUCAUUGCAUAUUGAGAACUGCAAGAAGCUGAAGUCACUGCCAGAGCAUAUGCAGGAACUCCUUCCAUCUCUUAAGAAACUGAAACUGUAUCAAUGUCCAAAUAUAGAGUCCUUUCCUGAAGGAGGAUUGCCCUUCAAUUUACAACAACUUUGGAUCUCCUGGUGUAAGAAACUGGUGAAUGGCCGAAAGGAGUGGCAUUUACAGAGACUCCCCUGUCUCAGAGAUUUAACCAUCUACCAUGAUGGUACCGAUCUUUCUGGUGAAAAAUGGGAGUUCCCUUGCUCUAUUCGAAGGCUUACUAUAUCCAAUCUGAAAACAUUAAGCAGCCAACUUCUAAAAAGCCUCACCUCUCUAGAGUACCUAAAUGCUAUUAAUUUACCUCAAAUUCAGUCACUGCUGGAAGAAGGGCUUCCCUCCUCUCUUUCUGAGCUACACUUACAUCACCAUCAUAAUCUCCAUUCACUACCAACCGAAGGUCUUCAGCGUCUCACGUGGCUUCGGUGUCUAGAGAUUUGGGAUUGCCCUAAUCUCCGAUCUCUUCCCGAAUCAGGGAUGCCCUCUUCCCUCUCUAAGCUAACCAUCCAACAUUGCUCUAAUCUCCAAUCUCUUCCUGAAUCGGGAAUGCCCUCCUCCCUCUCUGUGCUGAACAUUUCUAAUUGCCUUAAUCUCCGAUCUCUUCCAGUAACAGGGAUGCCCUCCUCUCUCUCUGAGCUGUGCAUUCGGGAUUGCUCUAAUCUCAAAUCUCUUCCCGAAUCGGGGAUGCCCCAUUCCAUCUCUAAACUAUAUAUUUACAAAUGCCCAUUGCUCAAACCACUCCUACAAUUUGACAAGGGAGAUUACUGGCCAAAAAUUGCUCAUAUUCCCACCAUAGAUAUUGAUUGGGAAUACCAGUAA